CAGCUGCUCUACCGCUGCAUCCAAAUCAUUUCUCUAUUCAACGUUCCCAUCUUGCUGCUGCAGCGGAUCGAGUUGGAGCUGGCAACCCUUGGCACACUGCCGUACCAAAAGCAGGAGUGAAAGUCUGUCACGACUCCGUGCGCUACAGAAAGGCACCACAUUGCGUUUUAAUCUGUACUUGAGAUUUUUUUGUUAAUAUAAAUGCAUCAACCGCGAAUGAAGCGCAUGGGAAAUCUCCAAAGUAGUUAGGUGGGAAGUGUUUCUCACCUUGUGUGAAAAUUUGAUUUCACUUUAGAUAUUUUGCUGAGUUUAUUCAAAACCUCUCCGUUCCGCGCCAUAGCUGCCACUGCCACAAGGUAAAGAAUGGACCAUCUCCGGCUGUGUCACCCGGCAGCUCUCUACCAUCGGGAUCAAAUGUAAAGACCAGGAGCAGCGGAUCGGUGUUUCUGGACCUUCCAGUGACGUGUUUUUAUCUGGCUACAGCUACCUCUCGGCUAAAAAUAUCCAGACAUAGCCGGUGAUAGAUGUUGCAGACAUGAGUUUUGGAAACAGAUUUUUCUUCGUUUCACUCUUUCUUGGAACUGCCCUCACUCGUUUCUGUAACUGCAACCAAGUUGUGUUGCUGGAUACAACGUCUGUGCUUGGGGAGCUUGGAUGGAAGACAUAUCCAAUAAAUGGGUGGGAUGCAAUCACAGAGAUGGACGAGCACAACCGACCCAUCCAUACUUUCCAGGUUUGCAAUGUGAUGGAGCCCAACCAAAACAACUGGCUUCGCUCCAACUGGAUUUCACGACAGGCAGCCCAGAAGGUCUACGUGGAGCUCCGCUUCACCUUGCGCGACUGUAACUCAAUCCCUUGGGUGUCUGGCACCUGCAAGGAGACCUUCAAUCUAUUCUAUCAUGAGACAGAUGAGGCACACGGUGUCAAGUUCAGGCCUGCGCAGUACACCAAGAUUGACACCAUUGCUGCUGAUGAGAGCUUUACUCAGAUGGAUCUUGGAGAUCGGAUCCUCAAGCUCAAUACGGAGGUGCGGGAGGUGGGACCCAUAAACAGGAAAGGCUUUUAUCUGGCUUUCCAGGACAUUGGCGCUUGCAUUGCAUUAGUGUCUGUGAGGGUUUACUAUAAGAAAUGUCCAUUUACACUGAGGAACCUGGCCUCAUUUCCAGACACAGUGCCCCGCGUGGACUCUUCUUCACUGGUGGAAGUGAGGGGGGCCUGUGUUGACCAUGCUGAAGAAAGAGACACACCCAAACUGUUCUGUGGAGCUGAUGGAGACUGGUUGGUUCCCCUGGGAAGAUGUGUCUGUAGUGUUGGGUAUGAGGAGAUUGAUGGUUCAUGUGUUGCAUGUCGUCCAGGCUUCUACAAGGCAUAUGCUGGAAACAUUAAAUGUUCAAAGUGCCCUCCGCAUAGUUUCAGCUAUGGAGAAGCAUCUGCUAUCUGCCGCUGUGAGAAAGGCUUCUUCAGGGCUGAGAAAGAUCCUCCAACUAUGGCUUGUACACGCCCUCCAUCCCGUCCACGAAAUCUGAUGUUUAACCUGAACGACACCUGCCUGCUGCUGGAGUGGUCGCCCCCUAGCGACACAGGAGGUCGCAGGGACCUAACCUACAACGUCCAGUGUAAACGUUGCGGCCCAGAGCCCGACCACUGCCAGCUGUGUGAAGAUGAGCUUCGCUUCUUGCCAGGACCGUUAGGCCUGACCAACGCCACUGUCACUGUCGUGGAUUUUUCCGCACACGCCAACUACACCUUUGAGAUCGAGUCGCUUAAUGGUGUGUCAGACAUGAGCUCGUUCCCUCGACAGGUGGCCAUCAUCACCGUCAGCACUGAUCAGGGUGGUCCGUCUCUGGUCGGGGCUUUAAAGAAGGACUGGGCUUCUCCAAACAGCAUCGCACUCUCCUGGCAGCAACCUGAACAGACAGCACUCCCGAUCAUUGAUUACGAGGUCAAAUAUUAUGAGAAGGAACACGAGCUGCUGAGCUACUCAUCGACACGCACCAAAGCCCCCAGUGUGAUUGUCUCGGGUUUAAAACCAGCAACUUGGUACGUCUUCAGCGUGCGCACCCGAACAGCUGCCGGAUACAGCUCCUACUCUCCUAAAUAUGAAUACGAAACUACAGGAGACUCCUCCAACAUGGCUUCUGAUCAAGGCCAGGUGUUAGUGAUCGUCACAGCAGCGGUUGGUGGUUUUACUCUUCUUGUCAUCCUCACUCUCUUCCUCCUCAUCACUGGAAGGUGUCAGUGGUACUUCAAGGCCAAGAUGACCUCGGAGGAUAAAAGAAGGGCGAAUUAUCAGAAUGGGCACGUCCCUUUCCCAGGAAUAAAGACGUACGUGGAUCCUGAUACAUACGAAGAUCCCACGCAGGCUGUCCACGAAUUCACCAAGGAGAUCGACCCCUCCAGGAUCCGCAUUGAGAGGGUGAUCGGAGCCGGUGAGUUUGGAGAAGUGUGCAGCGGCCGUCUGAGAACACCAGGGAAGAAGGAGAUUGCCGUGGCGAUAAAGACACUAAAGGGAGGCUAUGUUGAGCAUCAGAGGUGGGACUUCCUGCGUGAGGCAUCUAUCAUGGGCCAGUUUGACCACCCUAACAUCAUCAGGCUGGAGGGCGUGGUCACAAAAAGCAGGCCUGUUAUGAUCGUGGUGGAGUACAUGGAAAAUGGAUCACUGGACUCGUUUUUGAGACAACAUGAUGGUCACUUCACCGUCAUCCAGUUGGUUGGCAUGCUGCGUGGCAUCGCUUCGGGCAUGAAGUAUCUGUCAGAUAUGGGCUACGUUCACCGAGACCUGGCAGCUCGAAACAUUCUGGUCAACAGCAAUCUGGUGUGUAAAGUGUCAGACUUUGGCUUGUCCCGAGUCUUGGAGGACGACCCGGAGGCAGCUUACACCACAACGGGUGGUAAGAUCCCAAUUCGAUGGACAGCUCCUGAGGCCAUCUCAUACAGAAAAUUCUCCUCGGCCAGUGAUGCAUGGAGCUACGGCAUUGUCAUGUGGGAAGUGAUGUCUUAUGGAGAACGACCAUACUGGGAGAUGUCCAAUCAGGAUGUGAUUCUGUCCAUCGAAGAGGGCUAUCGGCUCCCUGCACCAAUGGGCUGCCCAGUAGCCCUGCACCAGCUAAUGCUGCACUGUUGGCAGAAGGAGAGGAAUCAUCGACCAAAGUUUACAGAUAUAGUUUCUUUCUUGGAUAAACUAAUCCGUAACCCAAGCAGCCUGCUGCCGCUGGUAGAGGACAUUCAGAGUCUACCAGAAUCUCCGGGGGAGGAAAUGGACUACCCAAUGUUCAUCUCUGUCGGCGACUGGCUGGACUCCAUCAAGAUGAGUCAGUACAAGAGCAAUUUCAUGGCAGCAGGCUACAACACAUUGGAUUCAGUGGCGAGGAUGAGUAUUGAAGAUGUGAGGCGUAUUGGUGUGGAGCUGAUCGGCCACCAGAGGCGAAUCAUCAGCAGCAUACAGACCCUUCACCUUCAGCUACUGCACGAACACGAGAAGGGUUUCCAUGUAUAAGGACGCCCUUUAUUAUAACCUGGGAUGGACAGAUAGAUGGACCAGAUGGAAGUGAGGUCUAGACCAU